AUCCAUGCUCGUCUAGUCCAUGUGACGUCAACGCAACCUGUGUUAGAGAUAGUGUGACAACGGAAAAUUUCACAUGCACAUGCAAUUCUCCAUUUGAGGGGAAUGGAUCGAGUUGUGAAAUCCCGGAUCCAUGCUCUUCUAGUCCAUGUGAUGUCAACGCAACCUGUGUUAGAGAUAGCGUGACAACGGAAAAUUUCACAUGCACAUGCAAUUCUCCAUUUGAGGGGAAUGGAUUGAGUUGUGAAAUCCCGGAUCCAUGCGCGUCUAGUCCAUGUGACGUCAACGCAGCCUGUGUUAGAGAGAGUAUGAUGACGGAAAAUUUCACAUGCACAUGCAAUUCUCCAUUUGAGGGGAAUGGAUCGAGUUGUGAAAUCCUGGAUCCAUGCUCGUCUAGUCCAUGUGACGUCAACGCAGCCUGUGUUAGAGAUAGCGUGACAACGGAAAAUUUCACAUGCACAUGCAAUUCUCCAUUUGAGGGGAAUGGAUUGAGUUGUGAAGAUCCUGGUACGAAUCUAUGCCAUCCUAGUCCAUGUGAUGUGAAUGCUGUCUGUGCCACUGUAAGUGCGUUGCCCUCUGGAUUCACCUGCAUGUGCAAUCCACCUUAUAUUGGAGAUGGCUUCUCUUGUCAAGUGAUUGUCAGCUUUGAGCACUUCCAGUACUCAACUACGGAGGGGAUUGGUGAUCGAGACCUUGCUCUCCAGAUUUGUCUCGUUGUGGAAGAUUCUCCUCUUGUCUUUGAUGUGGUCUUGGUUACCGAAGAAUCUGAUGAUUUUGAUAUUCUUUCAAGUGUGGUCAACUUCAAGUCCAUGAUUGGUACUCAGAGAAGGUGUGCUUGUGUCGAUGUCACACAAGAUCUCAUCGAUGAAGAUGAUGAAAUGUUCUCAAUAUUUGCUCUCUCGAUUGAUCCUGCCAUCGGAUUCUCUAGUAAUAGAACCACUCUUACAGUAAUCGAUGAUGAUGACUUCUCCUUUCGUUUCAGAAAUAAUACUCCAAGGGUGAUUGGGAAUAGGUAUGAAUUUGAGUUUAGCAUGGGAACAUCUUUCCUUGGUGCAACCUGUCAGAUUGAGAGAAGGUCGUCUGAUUGUACAUCUGGUAUAUACGUUGGGAGUCUAGGGUCAUUACGAAGAAAAAAGUUCACAUUCACUGUGAGCAGUAAAGGCCCUGCUGAUAUCAUCAUGGAUUUCAGCAGGACUUUUAGAUUAGAUUCAAUAAGUAACUGUUGGCUCCACCUCAUUAACGAUGGAAUCACUAUUACUGGAGACUCUGUGUUUGUUGAGUGGCAAGGAACUGGUCCAAAUAACGAGCAAAACAAAAUAUUCGUAUGCACUCUGGACAAUCAAAUUCCAAUAUCUUGCACUUCACUUCAAGGAUUCUCAAGCUCUGGACUAUCUCCUGGCAUGCACAAUCUAGUGAUCAGACCAUUCAACUCUGGAUGCAGAAGAGCAAUCCCACGAUUGAUCAAGUUUGAGAUUACUCCAUGAUAGUAGGACCAUGGCUGUGAACUUAUUACGAUUAUAGGCAGUACGUUGAUUACAUAAUAUUAUAGUGAGGCUGAUUCAAUAACUAACUAAGUCAUAGAUUAAAUUAACCCGAGGCAUGGGUUAUAAUUAUAGUAGAUGAUUAUGUAGACAUCAGUUAUUAUGUUGUAUAUACUAUAUGCAGUACACUAGAGGUUUGAUCAGUGAUCACAGGAGUGCUCAAUAAUAAUAUAUUAUUAUUCAGAAUAA